AGCCAGCAUCAUCACCAUCACCAUCACCACAUAACCCAACAACCAAAAAUGCCACCUCCCAACACCCCCGCAUCAUCCGACUCCCCCCCUCCGGGCUCAGUCAACAUCAACUCCCUCUCCGUUCCGCAACUCCGCGCGCUUCAAACCCGUCUCUCCUCAGAACUUGAACACCUGACGACUUCGCACGCCAAGCUGCGCGCCGCGCAACUCAAGUUCAAAGACUGCGUGCGCUCCAUCAACGAAGGUGUAAUUGGGUCUCAGAAGAAGGGCACCGACGGAAAGGAGGACAUCCUGGUGCCGUUGACGAGCUCGCUGUAUGUGAAGGGGAAGUUGGCGGAUCGGGAGAAGGUGCUUGUUGAUGUGGGAACGGGGUUUUAUGUUGAGAAGACUACGUCCAAGGCUAUCGAGUUCUACGAGGAUAAGGUUAAGAGUCUGGAGACGAAUCUUACGGAGUUGGAGAAGAUUGUGCAAACGAAGAGUCAGCAGCAGAGGUUGUUUGAGGAUGCUCUGAGACAAAAGUUGCUGGCUGAGGGUGCUGGGUCCUCUGCUACUGCGUCUGCGGGUGCCGGUUGAGUGACUCUAGGCCCAUAGUAUAGGAGAUUGCGUGGCCUUGGGAUGGAUAUAUAGUCGAAAUGAACAACGACUGGAACUGUUACACCCCUUGUGAGGACGCGUUGGAACAGACCUGUCUGAUGUUACUCAAGCUGCGGGUUACAAGAGGCAGGUCCGAUACGAGCACGCCGGCUUCAUUGACGGAAUUCCACUGUCAGCUGGCACUUCAGAGGGACACGGACUCGGCCGAAAAUUAUGGAGGUGGUUAUAAUAAAAACUGGCAAUUUAGAGCUGAAGCUGAAGCAGUGCACAACAUAAUAUCAUAUUAACGAACG